ACCCUGGGACUAGUAGGAAGUUCCCAUUUUGGAUGGAUCACAUGUGAUGAUGGUGCUUCUGUCUCUCUGUGUUAGAUGACGCUGUGGUGGCGAGCUCUCAUUCCACUUUGUCUUAUCAACUGUUUGGAAUUCUGCUGCACUUCGUCAGCAGCCCCCCGGAAAGAUCAAUAUAAGAACUCCUUCCAUCUUACCAAAUCCACACGAACCCGUGUGCAGCAGCUCCUGAAGAAAUACGUAAGUAGCGGAAAGUGGUUUCUCGUCUCUGUGAAGAUGUGAAGUCAGCUUUUUUCUAACGCCUUCUUUCUGAUUAAUGUCACAGAAGGAGCAGCAGUUGGGAAGUCAGUAUUAUGAAGACAGAGGUCGGCAGUUAAGGGGCUUGCCGGUACUCUCCACAGAUUUUCAGAGCUGGCUGAAUCUGACGGACUGGAACCGACUUCAUGCUGCAUUCUGGGACAUGCACGCCUACUGGAACAUGCUGGACUGGAAACGAAAGCAGCUGGAGAAAGAAGCUCUGGCUUCACGGUUGGUCCACAGCACUUUACCUCAGAGCUUUAAGAACAUCCAGCUGUACUUGAGAGACUUGAUGAGCCAAGUCAGCAGUCAGAUGAGCCGUAUGAACAGCUCUUGGAUAAGGCCGACCUCCCCCCCUGCUUGGACGCCCCCAAACCUCCACGUGACCUCCGAAAGAUUAUGGGACAGCUGGGUGCAGGGUUACGACAUCCUCAGGGAUCUAGACCUUUACCUCACCAAGCUGGCAAGAGACUUCCUCCUGCUGGCUGCAAAAACACACGUAUGACUCAAUACUGUAAAAACCACUGGCACAACAACAACAUACGUCUGCACAAGUUAUAAAGUUAAAUGUGAAAAAAAGGAAGAAAAAAGAAAAUUGAUGAGACAACAGACAAGAAAAGCAGGACAACAAUUGUGAUAAUCACACAGUUUAAUCACGAGGCCUGUGAGCGCCGAGGCUGAGCUUCAGUGCCUUACACAACUCUCGCUUUAGCAAGACUGUGACUGAUUUUUUUUUACAUGCUGUUUUACUGUUUGAGUACUGUCACGGGUACUUCCCAGAGUCUCUCUCUCUCUCU